AUGGUAUGGGAUGUCAUCUCAAAUCAAGAAGCUAUUGAGAUUGUUUCUUCCACACCAGAAAGAGAAGAAUCAUCUAAAAGACUGGUCGAAUCUGCAGUUUCUGCAUGGAAAUGCAAGAGACGGGGAAUUGCAAUGGAUGAUAUCUCAGCCAUCUGCCUCUUUUUUCACUCAUCUUCAACCUCUCAACAAGAUGACCCUAUUAAGCUCCCAUACUAG